GGAGGGAUCGCCCCCAUAGCGCGCAGCAUGAACGCUCCGCGGCAAAAGGAUGUGUGAACAAGCAGCGCGCUACUGCAGGGACGGCGUCCACAAACUGCUCCACAAAGAACAAGCAAAACUCCGGGCACAGGACAGCAAAGACCAGCCCACACCCGGGGCUCAGGACAGCGAGACAGCGACGGCUGCACAGUCCGGAAACAGCGGCGCACAGCCCGGUGGAAUAGACGGGCUCGUCCGCUGGAUAGUCACCAAGAUGAGCGACAAUAAAAGCAUCUCUACCCGGGAAUACGCGAAGGAGGAGGCGGCGGUGGCUCAGGAGCAGUUCUUCGCGCCGGAGCCUCGAAAGGGCAUCUCAGUCAUUUUGGAUAUUUUCCGGAGAGCUGAUAAGGAUGAUGAUGGAAAGCUUUCCCUUGAUGAGUUCCAGGCUUUCUUCUCUGAUGGGACUCUGAACGAAGAGGAGCUGGAAAAGCUGUUUCACACCAUUGACUCUGAUAACACCAGUAAUGUUGACACCAAGGAACUGUGCGACUACUUUGCCAACCACAUGGGGGAUUAUGAAGGAGUGCUGGCCUCCUUAGAGACACUCAACCUGGCCAUUCUCAAAGCCAUGGACUUCACCAAGAAGGUGUAUGAACGUGGAACUAAUGUUGAGCAGUUUGUUACCCGCUUCCUCUUGAAGGAAUCAGCCAAUCAGAUCCAGUCUCUGCUGAGCUCUGUAGAAAGUGCUGUCGAUGCCAUUGAUGAGCAGCAUUCUUCAGUGGGAUCUUACCCCAGUAAGACCAGCCCACGCGUCCCAGAUCGACGCUAUGAGGCACCGGUGCCAGAUUAUCCUCCCAACAACAGAGUCAGUGCAAAGGAGAGCAUGAGGAACAUCAACACAGGUGCAGGGGCUGUGGAGGUGAGAAAAGAAGGACUUGAGGCACAGAUCAAUCGACUGGCUGAGCUGAUUGGACGUCUAGAGAACAAGUCCCUGUACCUGAUCCGCCAGGAGAUGAAAGUUUCCCAGAAGCAGUUGGGUGAUUUCUGUGAGGCCCUGAAACAAUACCUGAAGAAUGUGUCUGCUCAGAGAGACUGUUUCCAUGUGACGGCUGUCAGGCUGCCUGAUGGCCUUUCCUUUGUGGUGUAUGAGUUCUGGGAUGGAGAGGAGGAGUGGAAGAGGCAUCUUCUGACUGCAGCCUGCAAGGCGUUCCAGCAUGUGAAAGUGGAUACUCUGUGUCAGCCUGAGGCGGUGUCCACUGUCGCUGUGCCCGCCGCCUGGUGCAGCCUGAACAGGGACUGAGAAGUGUGCCAGUCUGCGGGUGGGACGUCCCGCUUAUUGCCUGAAACCCCUCUCUUCUCUCUAUCUUUCUGUCACAGUCUCUGCUUUCUUACCUCCUCUUUCUCUCUGCUCCCCCACUCCGUCUCCUCUUUUGUAAUUACUUGUUUACACAGUAUCCAUUUAAUAUUGAGCCAAAAGUAGUGUCUCCAGACACAGUUCCCUCUUCACAUCCACUGCAACACACAGAAACCCACAUCAAAACUCCCACCGCAUUCGGGAAGCUCACUUUUGCACCUAAAACAUCACCUUACAUGAACAGUCUCUACUAACCAAAAGAGGCCGAUUAAUAUUUCAUCCCAAUUCAAGCACGCAUCCGCUGCUUUGCAGACAGUUCCCUGCGGUACAACUUCUGAGAAGACAAAAACUGUGCAGCAAAGUAUUUCUAAAGCUGUCCAUGGACACUAGCAUUUCUGUAAAGGCUGUUUAAUACUAGGUAUAGGUUGGUCUAUUAAGUACUUUGGACUGUAUCUUCAUGAAUUGUUUGUGUAACGCACUGAGCCAUGUAGAAGGACUGGUGCUUCUGUCAAAACCGUGAGCAUGACCAAUACUGCCAGUCAAGGGGCCUACAUUUACAACACAUCCAAAUCAACAUCCGCUCCAAAAAGCACAAUGUUCCUGAACGAGGAAUGAAAUGCUUGUAUAAAUGAGAUUCGCUGACGAAGAGAACAUCAUUUUAUGUUGAUCACUCUUGAGAGGGAAUAUAUAGAUGUGGGACGAGUGCUUAAAUUAAAAGAGUGGCAUUGACUUAAAGGGAUAGUUCAUCCAAAAAUGUAUUUUACACUAUUUACUCGUCCUGAGUAGUAGAUAUUUUGAAGAAAGAUACCGUAGAUAUAUACACUAGAAAUUGCAUAUGGACCCUGUGCAUGCGUCAAUAGUGCCGCCAAAUUUGUACAGUGCUCUCAGGACAAAAGUCAUUCAACCGCACUAGUCAAGACCAAAGCCAAUCUGAUGAUGCUGGACUUUUGUGCUGCAAACAGGUUUAGUAACGAGCAAAGAAAGAAAACAAAGCAUAAAGGCAGAACAUUUCAUAGAUAAGAUGUUGUUUUGUAUGUUACGAACUUUUGGGCUAAACAAGUCACGUUAUUGAUGAUUAUACAGUCACUUACUGCACAGACCAUAAGCGCAAAGUAGCACCAACUCACACUAAAUUCUAGGCGUAUAAUGAAUAAAAUCAGCAGACAAUGUAAAAGAAAUAUGACAACCAGAUGCUGCGGUGCCAGAAACUUGUAAUUUUGUCGGCUAAGUGAAGUAACGGCUAAUUUAGUAAGUAACUUAUAAGGGUGCCUGAUACCAUAACAGUGCCUGCACCUCAGUGUCCACCCUAAAUUAUUGAAUAUUACAAAUGUUAUAUAGCAUUUAGAUCAUAAAGUUGGAUAUGCACAUUAAGACGCAAGGAUAUUGAUGGUUCACAUGAGUCGUUUAUAACGGAGAUUCAUUUUAGAGCCCUGCAUUUGACCCCCCGAGUCCGACUUAUUUAUGCCCAUAGGACUGGGUUUCAGGCCAAUUUUCACGUCAUUGCUAGCACGCAUAUCGGGCUUCAAGCCUGCUUUAGAAUUAUUAUUAUUUUUUUUUAAAGUUUAAUAAGAUCUAAUGCGUGCGGUCCGGAAGCGCCAGUGAUGCCUUGCACAUAGCCUGUGCAUCUCAGUCCAGGGCCGGGCUAGGGCUUAGAUUUAAGGGCCGGGCUAGAGCUUAAGAUUUAACGCCCGUGCAGGGUUCUAAUUCAUUCACAAAUAAAUUGCUCUCUCCAUUAGAAUUAGAAGUGAAACCAGGAGAGGGGCUGUGUUUCAGGACAUAGAUCAGAUCAAAUAUAAGAGGGAGGGAGAUAAUACAUUUCCACACAAACACAUGCUCUUUGUUGGCAAUGCCGGCAGUUCACUUAUCCGUCAGUGAAGAAAAGUGAUUACAAUUAUUAUUUAUAAUUUAUUAAUAAUUAUAAUUUUCAUAGUGAAAAAAAUUGCAUACUGACCACCAGGAAAACUCCUGAUCUUAGAUAUAUGUGUGAAUGUUUAUAUAUAUCUAUGGCUCUGGAUGGCCAGUCUUCCUCUACACCUUGGUCCCACAUUCAUUUCAAAGGAGCACUACCCUGUACUAAAAUGGCGGCUCUAUUGACGCAAUUCUUUAAAUAGACAACAAUAACGUAGGCGACAUCAAAUGUAAACAUCUAUGGAAAGAUCCUUUAAACAUUGGCUUUCAUAGUAGAAAAAACAAAUAUGAUGGAAGUCAAUGGUUUCCAGCUUUCUUUACAAUAUCUUUUGUGUUUUCAAACAAGAAAAUGAUGACAGAGUAUUGAUUUCGGGGUAAACUCUCCCUUUAAUGUUCCAUCCGUUUCUUACUUCAGUAUAAUUAAGCAUUUGGGAUCAAAGUCAUUUCUCAGGUCAAGUGAAAACAUCCUCAUAGUGGAGGAUGUUUCAGAGCGGCUCAUAUCUUCACAUCUGUUGAUCAGUAAAGCCAAGACUGUUGUAUUUCCCUUUUGGCUCAAAGUGUAAACAACUUGACUCCAUACAAAAGCGACUGGGCCCAAACUGCAGCAUUUCUUUCUGUUUGCUUUCCCACCGAUCCUGCCUUCUGUUUUGGUUUGUUUUUCCCCUCACGGUGAGUGCAUGUUACAAAUGAAUGUCCAGUAAAUGAUUUGCCGUAGACUUUAGCUAUGCUACUUUAAAUGGAUUUUGUGCAUUUCUUAUUUUCUUUUGUAUUACUCCAGUAACGGAACAAGAAGAAACUAUAUAUAUGAAAUGAAUCAAACUUACUAUAUGAGCAGUCACUUUUAAUGGCAUUGUUUGAUGAAAUACUACUUCUUAUACCCAUGUAUGUUUCCGUAUACUGGCUUUCUCUCUUAUAAGUGAGUGUAGAGAUUUAUUGCAGGGAUGCAAAGUAUUAUAUUCGUCUUCAAUUUGUUAAAAUUCUAGAUUAUGUAGAGUGCUGCUAUUCAAUAAAGUACUGAAAAAGA